CUCGGGCGUCCGCGGUCGCACGGGAAAACGAAUGACUAGGAAGGUUCAGCAACGGCCUCGCACGCACCAGCGGUCCUCGCGCGCGUGCGUUCGGAUAUGCUGCUGACAGCGACAGCGGCUUGUUGCUCGUCGCAUCCUCGUCUCCGCCCCGUGAGAAGUAGAACCAACGGCGGAGGCGGAGGCGGAGCUCCACCCCGUCGUGCUGGCGCGGCGAAAUUCAGAGCUCUCGCCGCGCCCCUGCUGCGGCGCCCGUCCUCCUUUGCUUUCAGCCGCGCUUGCUCUUCUUCACCUCCUCCUACUCCUGGCGACAAGGACUGCGACCGCGAGCUGUUCGAUGAAUACUCACUUCUUUCUUCAGAUACUCCAUGGGAGCCUGAGGAUGUAUGGAGGACAUUUGCGGCAUACCUUCUUGUCUUGCACAUUCCCUUGAGCUUUGGAGGACUCGGUGUGGCAGCCAAAGUGCUACAUUCUUCCUCACUAGACCAACUGACAACAGUUGUUUCCACAGCCAUGCUUCAACUAGGGGAGCUCGCUUUGGGUUUAGCACUGUUGCAGUACACUGCAAAGCCCGAUCGUCAAGUUGGUGCCUUCUUUGCUGGGAAGUUCUCGUCCAGACCGCGUGGUUGGAUAAAAGAAACUGUGUUAUGGUUGGGACUUUUGAUGUCUAUGGUUUUUCUCACAUCUCUAAUAGCUGACAGACUGAUAGGUCCCGAGGAUGCAUAUGAUCCUAUAUUAAAGGAAAUCCUUUCCAACGGUGGAACCUCUAGGCUAGUCUGUUGGUUUCUGUACUGUGUGAUUGCUCCAUUGUCAGAAGAAAUCAUUUACCGUGGGUUUCUUCUAACAGCCCUAUCUUCCUCGAUGAAAUGGAGGAACGCGGUCGUCGUAAGCUCAGUUAUGUUCAGUGUAGCACACCUCUCAGGGGAAAGUUUCUUUCAGUUGUUCGUCGUCGGAUGCAUCACGGGGUUAGCUUAUUACCGGACUGGAACUUUGGCUGCUUCAUUUACCAUCCACAGUUUGUACAAUGCGGCGAUAUUGUUCACUACAAUGAUGUCUUGAAUGUGUUUUAGGGGAUAGUCAGGAAUGUGGAUACAGUUCAUUAAUACUUUGGCGACACUUUUACCGUAAUCUUAAAAGUUUGAAUUGAUUACCA